UGUACCGUUCAAAAUGUAGAUUGCUUAAAAAAUGUGGAAUGGAUAGUAUCAGUACGAAAGCGGACAGCUCAAAAAGCUUGUGAAGUGUACUUACAGUUGCCAAUAGAUCGAAUUUUGGGAGGUACGCCAACAGCUGAUUUCCCGUGGAUGGCGGCUUUGGGUUAUUUAAAUCGAGAAUUAAAAGUGACUUUUGACUGCGGAGGCACUGUUAUAUCUGAAUUUUAUGUAAUGACGGCUGCGCACUGUGCUCUAGCGUCACGACCACCGGUUGUAGUGCGAUUGGGCAAACCAACUCUCAUCGAUGCUGAGGAUGAUAUCAAAGCUACGAAUCAUCCAAUUCGAGACGUAAUUCGGCAUCCGAAUUAUUCAACACUAAGUAUGAGAAACGAUAUUGCGUUAUUACGAUUAGGAAAACGUAUAUUUUCCACACCAGAUAUUACACCGGCAUGUUUGCAAAUGGAUUUAAGUGAUAUGAAUUCAAAUGUGGUUAAAAGUUACUGGUAACCGG